CUCCUUGUCCUCGGCCCAAUCAGAUGGGAUUAUAGAUCUUUUAUGCCAUGCAUCUCCCUUGUCAUGGCUGUAAGAAAUAGAUGAAGCAGAGACCAGCAGACAGGGGGAGAGGAGAUAGAGUGAACUAAGGAGAGAAGGGAAGCUAAGAGAGAAAAGAAGAAGGUGUGAGGAAGACUGAGCCGAAACAGGAAUGAAGUAUCCCUUUGCUCCUCAGAGUAAGUCUCUGUUAGACAUGGAGGUAGCAAACUAUUGUGAAGGCCUGGAUCCCUCAUACAGCACGCUGGGCUUUGAGAAUGCAGAUGUGUUCUGUGGAGGAGACAGCAUGCCGACAGAGCCGAGCCUGCAAGUCGGUGCAGACGGGGUCAGCAGUAACUGUGCCAUCUGCGGAGACAAAGCCACCGGGAAACACUACGGAGCCUCCAGCUGUGACGGCUGCAAGGGCUUCUUCAGACGCUCCAUACGCAAGAGUCAUGUCUACACCUGCAGGUUCAGCAGACAGUGCAUUGUGGAUAAAGAUAAGAGGAACCAGUGUCGGUUCUGCAGACUUAACAAAUGCUUCAGGGCUGGCAUGAAGAAAGAAGCCGUACAGAACGAGAGAGAUCGGAUCAGCUCCCGAAGAAAUAUCCCUGACACCCAAGACUUGCCACCCAUAACUAUUUUGGCCCAAGCUGAAUCGCUGUCCCAACAGAUCACCGCUCCAGUUGGAAUACCAGACAUAUCGGAGCAGAAGUCCGCCACUGUCGGAGAUGUGUGUGACUCUAUGAGACAGCAGUUAUUGGUGUUGGUGGAAUGGGCCAAGUACAUUCCUGCAUUUGGAGAACUGCCACUGGACGACCAGGUGAGUUUGCUCAGGGCUCAUGCAGGUGAACACCUUUUGCUCGGGGUCGCCAAAAGGUCAAUGCCAUUCAAGGAUUUCCUGCUCUUAGGUAACGGCUGUGUGAUCCACAGGAACAGUCCUGAGCAGGAGAUAUAUAAGGUAGCCAACCGAGUGCUGGAUGAGCUGGUUCAGCCCUUCCAGGAUAUUCAAAUAGACGACAACGAAUAUGCUGCACUCAAGGCAAUCGUCUUCUUUGACCCAGAUGCAAAGUCUUUGCGGGACCCGUCGAAGAUCAAGGCCAUUCGACUACAGGUCCAGAUGAGUCUGGAAGACUACAUUAAUGACCGUCAGUAUGACUCCAGGGGUCGUUUCGGAGAGCUCCUACUCCUGCUGCCCACCCUGCAGAGCAUCACCUGGCAGAUGAUCGAACAGCUCCAGUUCAUUAAGCUCUGUGGCCUGGCCAAGAUAGACAACCUGCUGCAUGAGAUGCUGCUGGGAGGUUUUACGUCAGAGCAGACACACCUGCACCACCCAGCACACACCCAGCUGGCCCAGGACCCUUUGACAGGACACACGCUCGUCAUCAGCACCAUGCCUGUCACUCAUACUGCACAGAUAGCCUCUCCAGACACUCCCAUCCCAUCGCCCCCUCAGGGUCCUGCCCUGGAGAAGUACAAACACUUUCCCCAGCCUCUUUGUCCUCCAGCCAGCCCCACGCCCUCCACACAGGCCGAUCUCUGACUUCUCCCUGCACUCUGUCAAACAAGCUGACAUGGGCACAGUUUCCCCGUCUUCUAUUCACCGUCCAAGUCAUGCAAAGAUUAUGAAAGCAAUCCCUGUUCAGUGUCUGUGGUUAAACUUUACCCUGCCUCUACCCCCCGUGACUCCUGGUGGUGUUGCAACAAUAACUAAUUAAAGCUGCAGUGUGCAGAAUUUUCAAACUUCAAUAUGUCACUUUGAAAUCCAGUGAACUAAUGAAACACCAAACUAGGGUUUAACAAAACAUGCUGUGCAUUUCUGUGGUCUCCUAAAACCAAUACACUGUUUUUCAACAUAGUAUCUGAGUUUCACAACACUUUAAUGUCAGUAAGGCUCAUAGGCAUCAUGGGAAUUGUAAAAUUACAUAUUAGUCUGUUAAAAAAGUUAACGCCCUUUUUAACCAUUGCGUUGUUUGAAGUUUUUUUUAUUGACUAAUGCCUUGCUUGAUUGGGCACAUGUGCAGAACAUCCCCUUCAUAUUCAUGUUUCUUUAUGUGCAUAUCAAUCCAGUCAUAAUAAUGUGUAAAAGCACAAAAUACUAUUUAAUCAUAAACUUGCUGUUUGUAUGAACAGUAUGCAUCAGUGGGACCUAUUACACUGAGUGGUCUAAGAUCAGCUGUUGUGUUCUAAAGAUCUUCAGAAAUGUUGCUGCUCAUUUUCAGAACUUAGAUUUUCUACAUUAAAUUACAUUAUGCAAUGUACACAGGAAGUAACUACUUCAGCAGCUGGAUUUGUGCGGAAAAAAAAAGAGAUUAAAUGGUUUAUAUUUAAUACCUGGCCAUGAAUACAUCUCACAUACACAAUGACUUGUAUAUAUUCUUAAUAUACAUGUAUAAAGCAGCUUAAAAAUAAAAUAAUGGGGCACAUACGUUUGUGUCCAAGAUCAACAUGACAAUAAUAACUUCAUUUGUAAAAUAGUUUCUAAACGCUUCAUGUUAAAUGCAAAAAAGAAUGUGGUUGAACUGUAAUGUUUUAAUAUCUUACUGUAUAUAGUCAGUGGAUGAUAGGAAAUAUUUAGAUCAUCAAUGUGUCUUGCUGUAUUUAAUUUCCAAAAUCAGUUGUGUAUUUUGAUUUGUGUUGAUAAUGUAUACAUUUCUAAAUCUGUGCAGUAUAUUGAUUAAAAUGCAAUUUUGAGUCUUUGAAA